GCAGUGGAGGCCAGUUUCUCAGUUUCUCCCCUGACGCACCGGGAGCAUCUUCCUCCAUCAGAUGCACCCGGAGUCUGCUGCUCACACGCCUUUAAUAUCCAGCUGUUUACCCGGCAUGUAACCCGGGUUAUUGCUCUGUUUCCAGGCCGGUUUGUGUGUCGUUUUUCCCCCAUGGAGGACUAGCCGGGUCGGGGAUCCACCGCCCUGCAGGCUGCGGGGAAACACGGAUCUCCACACCGACGGGAGUACACCCAAGUCGGGGAUAAAAAGGUUGAAAAUGGUGGAUGUUUCUGGCUUCUUUUGCCGUCAUGUGAACGCGGACGAACGUGCCGGGGAUGAUGCUCAGUCAGGCGGACGCUCUGCAGCCGCCGGGGAAUAAAAUGCCACAACACGUCUCCUCGGAUCUGUGAAAGCACUCGGCUGUGUGCUGCUCCCUAGCCUCCCCUGUCCCUCGCCUCCCACCUGAUCUCCUCUCCUCCUCCUCUUCCUCCUCCUCCUCCUCCUCCUCUGGUUCAUCAUGACCUCCACCCUGGAGAUGCUGCCCCCCGACCCGGAGCUCAGUCCGGAGCGACUGGACGGCUGUGAGGACUUUGGUGGACGCUACAAAGUUGUUCCCUCUGUGAUCUGCUCCAUGUGCUGCCUCUUCGGCAUCAUCUACUGCUUCUUUGGGUACCGCUGCUUCAAGGCGGUGAUGUUCCUGACCGGCCUGAUGUUUGGCUCCGUGGUGAUCUUCAUGCUCUGCUACAAGGAGCGCGUCCUGGACACGCAGCUGAGCAUGGAGGCGUCGGUGGGCAUCGGGCUGGGCAUCGGCACGCUGUGCGGCCUGGUCACCAUGCUGGUGCGCAGCGUGGGGCUCUUCAUGGUGGGGCUUCUGCUGGGUCUCCUGGUGGCCGUGGCUACACUGGUGGGCAUGGAGGAGCUCUCCGACAGCCCCCCUCGCUCCGUUUGGGUGCCUCUGGGCGUCCUGUUGGGGCUCGGGAUGCUCUUCGCCGUGCUCGCGCUCCAAUGGCAGCGCCUCUUCACCACGUUCUCCACCGCCAUGUUCGGGGCGGCCGUCAUCACGGUGGCAGUGGACUACUUCGUGGAGCUCUUCGCCCUCGUGCUGUACAUGUACGAGCGCCUGAAGGCAGCACCGGGGAAGCCUGUGUGCUGGGUGACGUGGGUGGUGCUGGGGGUGUGGCCCGCCCUCACCCUGCUGGGGGUCAUGGUGCAGUGGAAGGUCACCGCCGAGGGGUACUCACACACCAAGGUGAUCAUCAGCCGGCAGCAGAGGAGGAUGCAGGUGAUGAGGAUCCGGCAGAGGGACGACCGGUAUCGAAACAAGAAGAAGAAGAAGACGCAGUCCUCCAGCAGCAACCAUCAGGCCAAGCAGCUCCACCCUGAACCCGCAUACCGCCGCAAACCCAACCCCAUCCGUCGCUACGACACCGACGUCCUCUCCCCGAGCUACAUCCAGAGUUUCCGGGAGCGGCAGGUGCAGGUGCAGCCGGUGGGUCGCCUGGCAGGGAGACCCCACACGGUGGUGGACAUAGGGUACGACCGCGGCUCCACCACGCCCCUCACAGGAGCUCCAGGACCCCCACUACGGAUCUGAGAGACCCCCCUCGAUCACCUCAAAGAGACCUGAACACACCCCUCCACCAGGGAGAUAAAAGACUCACGACCCCACCUGGGCGUCAUCACGUCCCAUCGGGGGCAAACCACCACUGGGUUUAAUGCAAAGAGCUCAGCCACACCCCCUGAGGAUGCAAACCCAAAAUGCAAAACAUGUUUAGCAGUUUUACUUUGAUUAAAUGUUGCAUUAUAACGCUCCCAGUGUGCAUGGAGCAGAGGUUGACAUCUUCCAUUGGGUUUAAUGCAAAGAGUUCAGCCUCACCCCUAUGAGGAGAGAAGAUAAACAGGGCUGGAUUCACCCAAAAUGCAACACAUGUUUUACUCAUUAAAUGUUGCAUUAUAAAGCGCCAGUGUGCAUGGUGCAGAGGUCGACAUCUUUCACUGACAUUGAAAUGCACAAAAGCAUGCACUAACACAAACACACCGCUACGAUCUGAAGGGUGGAGGUGGAAGCAUCAGCCGUGCCGCCCCUCGUUUGUUUUUAAACACCGUCUCAACUUAAACCAGAUCAGGGAUCAGUCUCACUGCUAACCUGCCUCAGGUCCAAAUACAUCUUAGGAAGAAUCGAAAUAAAACUUCGCCCUCUUUCACCGUGCUAUUGUUGGUGCCGAUUUCAACCCAUGGUGCAGUUCCUCCGCCUGUAGGCAUCUUAAAAGUCCAACGAAGAUCAUCUAUAAAGGGAGGUGAGGGCUGUUCCAUGCAAACCAGGAUCUCCUUUCUGCUUUCUUCGCCGUCUUCCUCCCACAUGAAAUCGUCCUUGAAAUGGGGGGAGACACCUCCGUCACCCUUUGGUGCUGGACGAUCCACUUCUCCACAAACUGCUCUGUUCAAAAGGGUGCCUUGCCCCUCUGUGGACUGUACCAUUCAGCGACAGCAGGGGGGAUCUCCCAUCGAUGGCUUGGUUUUGAAAGAAAUGUGAACACAGAAGGAUGUGUGGGGGGGGGGUUAGUGUCGGAGCUACAACAAGCAGGGUAAACAUGUAGAGUUGUUGUCUUCACAGAUGCCUGGAUAAACGAGCAGGAUUUGCUUUUAGCUGAAGAGCAAGACAAGCCACAUUUACACUGGCACCUCAUCUCACUCACCGAGGGAAUCACUGGUUAUUUUACAACCUGCACUGCAAACAAGAGAUUAUUUACACUGCCAUUAUUAGAUAACUUUAGCUCCAGUUGCACCUUGUUCCUGUUUUGUGCUGCAAAGCAAUCACAAUCCGAGCAGUUUUAAAACAUGCAAAGGAAAGAUGUGUGGAAAGAUGUGUGGAAAGUGAAAUCUCUGAAUGACCAGGAUACAUAUUUAUUGAUAUUAAGAAGAAACUCGGGCUGAGAUGCCAGUGUGAAGAAAGGAGAAUAAAGUGGCCAUACCAGCUUUUACUGGGACUCCUUCCAUCAUGGGGCUGAUCCCUUUAUUUGGGGCUGAUCCCUUUAUUUGGGACAUUUCUGUCACCUGUGAAAAUGUGAAUACUUUAAUGGUCUUGACCUCGUUAAAGGAAGAGCAAAGCUAAUAUGGGGUAGGGGGGGGGGUGUAUGGUACGUUUUUAAUUCAUCCGUGGGAAGUGCAUGACUAACACCCCCCCCAAACUGCGUCCCCUCACCCUUUUUAAUGUGCAUCGAUGUGACAUCUGUACAUAAAACACAGCACUUACUAACUUUCUUAUUUUUAUCUUUCAAUUUCCUUUCAGAAAUCUUAUUAAGAUGUUUUUUCCCAGUGGGAUGUAUUUAUUUGCUGAUUUUAUUUAUUCUGUAAAGGAGAGUGCAAUGUCAUCACUGUGGGCCAGUAACUCCAUGCUUUCAUUGAACAUGAUGAAUAUUAAAGCAUGUGUUCCUAUGGGCCUGUAAACAAA